AUAACCUUUGACAUAUUUGUCAUGAUUUGUUUUUGGUGAAAAUUUGAUAUUCCAAUUUCUACAGAAUUUUGAUGAGAUUUGAUUAUCACUCGAUUUAAAGAAUAUGUGAAUUACUUUGUAGGAAAUGUCUUUCAAUUCAGAUUCAGAGUUGGAGGUUAAAGUUCGGAAAACCACCGAAAGAAUUUCAGAGAACAUGCAUAUAGUAGCAAACGAACCCUCACUGGCAUUUUAUAGAUUACAAGAGCAUGUACGAAAAGCUUUGAACCCCAUGGUGGAUCGAAAAGUGGAAGUUCACAAAUUAUAUCAAGAACUUCAAGGCAGAUGCUAUGAUAUUGAAUAUGGUGUAUGUGCAAUUAAAUCAAUGGAAAAUGCUGAUGAAAGUUUCAAAAAUAUACAAAACCAUUUAAAGAACGCAAUUUUUCUGAAGCAACAAUUGAAGUAUGAAGAAUCGAGAAAGAAGAAAAGUGAUUCUAGUUCAGUUUACAAACGUUUGUCUGCUCAUAUAACACUCGAUUUGCCAGAUCUUCCAGAGUUUUCUGAUGUUGUUAGAGAGACUGCUAACAGAGUGGAAAGCAUGAUGUCUAAAGCGACUCAUUCUGCUAAUUAAAUUUACUUAUGCAAGAUUUUUUUGAUAUUUAGCAAUUUCAGUGAAUGUUUUGUGUGAGCCUUUUUGGUACAUUGGGUUUCUGUGAUAUUUUUAUUAUUAAUAGAGUAUGAAAAAGUG